UUUAUUUACGGUUUAACGAAUUAACCAAUCUUAACGUGUGACGUCCCAUUUGAUAGAGAACAAGCAAAACACCAAACAAAAUAAAAUGUCAUACAUAUGUUUACUAUUCCAACUCCUCGACCAAAGCAUGUCGGCUAAACGUUCAGAGUAACUUAAUAAAUGAUAGCUAGCGACUUUGGCUUGAUUCCUUAAGAACUGACGAAUUUAUAGUAAACGACUUCAUAUACAAGGUUGUUGAAUUUGCCUUAAUAAAUGCCAUAUAAUGUAUUAAGGAAAGAGAUAUGUGGUUCCAUGCGACGAUGAAAAAAUAUUCAUUACACUCUAAUUGACAUGUCGUGUGCAAAGGAUUAAUGUUAAACCUGAAUGGUAUGUGGAAAAUAUAUUAAAAUUAUUGCAUUAUUCCUCUGAUCCAUUAUUAUCCAUUAUUAAGUUUGAAGGAGAAUAUUCUCUUUUCUUUUCUAAAAAGAAUAUAGUAAACAACUAAUUUCUCUUUCUUAGGCAGCUUACAAUUAGUUUAAUUAUUGCGCGAUUUUGCUAUUUUCAUACUUGUUUAUUUCGAAUAUGAAAGUAGAUACAAACUUUUUCGUAGAACCGUACAAUUAAAUAGGUUUUGUAGCGUGGAGCUCAAUGGGUUUUUGUCUAUGCUAACAAUCAACUAAACAGGGCAGACCUUAAUUUUAUAGGAUCUUGUCUAUGCUAGCUUGUGCCACCUUCAGCACUUGGCCGUAUGGUGCAGCACUAGUCCGAAAAUAACUAGAACCAUUCCUCUCUGGUUAUAUUAGAGAUACAACUUACUGAUAUAACUUAAAGUUUAGGUUUACCAUUGGUAAUGAUAAAUGCUGCUUGGAUCAGAAUAUUUUAUAACCGCGAAUAAUAUGUUUAAACGACAAUUUUUACAAGUUAUUACUUUUAUUGUUAUGUAGAUUUUCUUAACGUGAAAACAAUGUGUUCAUAAGUGUAUAAGGAUAUAUUUUUACAAUUUAUUGUAUAAAUUAGUAUUGCCGAGCUGGUACGAGUCAAUGAAUUAGGUUUUACCUCGAUCGUGUUUAAAGCAUUAUCAGAAAAACAAAAGUUAAAAUGAAUAUUAACGUAAUGUUGGAUGAACAUUUGACAAGUCAUAGUUGUGUGAAACUCGUAAUUGAACUCCUGAAAUAUAUUUUAUAUCAGAAACAGCAAAUACCCUUUCCAUACGAUUCACUAUCUAAGUUACAAAUGAAAUCAACGGACAGAAAUUCGUCUGCUAUAAAAACAUUAUUGAAUUCUUUGAGAAGCAUCUCAGAACAGUUAAAUUCGCAGUUUGAUCUAAAAGGCUGCAAAAUCAAAGAAAUUGCUAUACUUGUUGGUGCUACAAUAAUAUCACCAAGAUUACACAUCCGAAUUGAAUUUCCAUCUGAUAUUCUUAAUAGCCAAGAACACUUGGAAUGUAAACAUGCAUCUAGGAAGCCACUGUUAAGUUUAAUGAGGUCAUUGUUGGAAUGUCCAGCAUUCCAAGAUGCAUUGACUUUACCAUUGCAUCCUACAAACACCUUUGUGCUAAUACAAAAGAGUGAUAGUAAUUCAGUGUCAGAGUUUUUUUUACCUAAACCGCUAUAUGUACCCUGCAAACAGAACUCAAAUUAUUUUGUAAUUAAACUGCAACACAAGGAUCAAGUAAAAAUGGACUGUAAUUGCAUAAAUGUAGUGAAAGUUUACAACGAAGUGUCUGAGUCUAAUACUAACAUAGACAAAGACAUUGAAUUUUUAAAUAAUUCUAAUGUUAGUAUCACACAUGUUCCCUAUCAAUGGUAUCAAUCUAAAGAAGUGAUUAAAGGGUUUAAGUUUAUAAGAUGACCAUAGUUUUAAGAUCUAAUUUUAAGAUAACCAAUUACUAAAAUUAUAGCAAAUUUUUAAUAAAUAUUGAGCACUAGAUUAAUUUCUAAGACAUUGAAAAAAUGGAUUCUAUUAAAUAUGUUAAUUAUGAUAUUUAGAAUAUACAGAUAACUGCAAGUAUUAUAUAGGUUAUUUUCUAGAAAUCUUUUAUAACAAACUGUUAAUUGUGUAGAAUAUAUAUUGAUUUAUACAUUGAAGAUAUAUUGAUUAUAAAUAAAAUGUUGUAUAACCAUUAA